GCCCGGCUCCUCCUGCAGCGCGGCAGGCUGUGCGGACAUGGCCGCGGCGGUGGCGGUGGCGGCCGCGUCUCGGCGCCAGUCGUGCUAUCUGUGUGACCUGCCCCGCAUGCCCUGGGCCAUGAUCUGGGACUUCACGGAGCCCGUGUGCCGCGGCUGCGUCAACUACGAGGGCGCCGACCGCGUGGAGUUCGUCAUCGAGACGGCGCGCCAGCUGAAGCGUGCUCACGGCUGCUUCUCCGAGGGCCGCUCCCCGACCGGCGCGCAACCCGCCACCGCCAAGCCACCGCCACUGUCGGCCAAGGACCUACUGCUGCAGCCGCCGCCGCAGCUGGGCCACGCGGGCGCCGAGGCCGCGCGCGCUCAGGCCAUGGAGCGCUACCCGCUAGCGCCGGAUCGGGCCCCGCGCCUGGCCUCCGACUUCGGCACGCGUGCCGGUGCGGGCCUCCCGCAGUCGGCCGCGCCGCAGCCCACGCCGGCGAACGGCAUCCUGGUGCCCAACGGUUUCUCCAAACUGGAGGAGCCGCCCGAGCUGAAUCGCCAGAGCCCGAACCCGCGGCGCGCACACGCCGUGCCGCCCACCCUGGUGCCUCUGGUGAACGGCUCCGCCGCGCUGGGGCUGAGUGGCCGUGCUGCGGCCACACUGGCCGCGGUGAGUGGGACGCCGGGCCUGGGCGCCCAGCCCCCGGAGCUGGGCACCCACAAACGGCCGGCGUCGGUGUCGGGUGCGGCGGAGCACGAGGCGCGUGAGCCUAGCAAGGAGAAGGCGCAGCCCGCGCACCGGAGCCCGGCCGACAGCUUAUCCGGCGCGGCCGGGGCGAGCGAGCUCGGCGCCGACGGUGCAGGCAAGGGUCGAGCGCCCGGGGAGCAGGACUGGGCCAGCAGGCCUAAGACGGUGCGCGACACGCUACUGGCGCUGCACCAGCACGGCCACUCGGGCCCCUUCGAGAGCAAGUUCAAGAAGGAGCCGGCCCUGACUGCAGGCAGGUUGUUGGGUUUCGAGGCCAACGGGGCCAACGGGUCUAAAGCAGUUGCAAGAACAGCAAGGAAAAGGAAGCCUUCUCCAGAACCGGAAGGGGAAGUCGGGCCCCCUAAGAUCAAUGGCGAGGCUCAGCCUUGGCUGUCCACUUCCACAGAAGGGCUCAAGAUCCCCAUCACCCCUACAUCCUCUUUUGUGUCUCCACCACCCCCCACUGCCUCUCCUCAUUCCAACCGGACCACACCGCCUGAAGCGGCUCAGAACGGCCAGUCCCCCAUGGCAGCCCUGAUUUUAGUAGCAGAUAAUGCUGGGGGCAGUCACGCCUCGAAGGAUGCCACCCAGGUUCACUCCACCACCCGGAGGAACAGCAGCAGCCCGCCCUCCCCCUCCUCUAUGAACCAAAGAAGGCUUGGCCCCAGAGAGGUGGGGGGCCAGGCCACCGGCAGCACAGGGGGACUGGAGCCGGUGCACCCUGCCAGCCUCCCAGACUCCUCUCUGGCGGCCAGCGCCCCCCUGUGCUGCACCCUCUGCCACGAGCGGCUGGAGGAUACCCACUUUGUGCAGUGCCCAUCUGUCCCUUCGCACAAGUUCUGUUUCCCUUGCUCCAGACAAAGCAUUAAGCAGCAGGGCGCUAGUGGAGAGGUCUAUUGUCCAAGCGGGGAGAAGUGCCCUCUGGUGGGCUCCAACGUCCCCUGGGCCUUCAUGCAAGGAGAGAUUGCUACCAUCCUCGCCGGAGAUGUGAAAGUGAAAAAGGAGAGAGACUCGUGACUUUCUGCGUUCAGAAAGGCCCACGGUUACCUUUAACUCAAAACUUCUUGAACUGUAUAUAAAUCUCCAUAUAUAUAUAUAUAAAUAUAUAUAUCCAAGACAAGGGAAAUGUAGACUUCAUAAACAUGGCUGUAUAAUUUUGAUUUUUUUUGAAUACAUUGUGUUUCUAUAUUUUUUUUUGACGACAAAAGAUAAGCUCUCCAAAAACAUGAAUAAAGAACCAUCCUGCCGAAUGGGAGAAGUCUGUCCAGCUGCGGAAAAGGCCACCUGUGGUUUCUCUGUGCUAGUGGCAAAGGAGGCAAAACUUGACCUGUUUUGAAGGGGGUGCGCUUUUGAGAUGAAGGGCCCGUGUGCAUCUGCCCAGCUUUGGGUGGCCUUCAGAAGACUUGCAGCCAGAGUGUUGUACUGGAGGGGGUGGGGUGGGGUGGGGGGAGUCUUUCCCUGGCCUACUCUAAAACCGUUCACCUGGGGACCUGGGUUGAUCUUUUCUUGUCCUUGAUGACAUUGUGGAUGUUGUCCACAGCUGGAUAGAUGAUGUCAGAGUCCCAAUACUGUUCCAGCCGUGACUUCAAUACCCAGAAUAUUAGGGGAUGGGGUGUCAGCAGUCCCUUUUUGCUUUAACAAAUUAUAGACUUUAACAGAUAUAGUUAGUGUCUUUCAUGUGGCCUCACUCUGAAGUUACGAAAACAUACACAUGGUUUACAGCUUUUCUAUAUAUCUUUUCCUGGCCACCAAGUGUUUUGAAAGUGUGCCACCUUUUAACCUUUGCUUUUUUUUUUAAGUUGAAGGUGAUAAUUUUUCUAUAUAUGAUGAAACUCAUGUCUACUGAAAUAAGUGUAAUCUUAGCUAUCAACAUUAUAUUUUAAAACCAUGCUAUGGAAAUAUCA